AAGGCCUAAACACCCAUGGGGUACCGUGGGGCUAUAGGGGAGCCACACGGACUCUGGCGAGGGAACACGUGUGCAUGCAACAUGCACACAUUCUGGCCCCGCCUAGGAGAUCCGCCGGGUGGUAGCUCCGCGAUCGACAGUCAGAGACCGUCUACCACCUACGGACAAUCACAGCAUCCAUAGCCAAGAGAAAAUUUUUUCCUGGGACAGGAUCCGAACCCGCACAGCUGACGGCGACUGAUCAGGAGACCGAAGAGUCUACUACUGCGGGCACCGCUGUUGCAUAAAAAUUACGGGGAAGACUGGGAAAU